CGUCGMGUUUGCGCUGUUUAUUGUUUAAACAAAUUAAUUAAUAUUCAAACAAAAAAGCCGCAAACUGUUAUUAGUGAAACAAACAAAUGAAAAAUAGAYWAAAAAAAAAYUUUUGUGAAUGUAGCGAAAWUUGAGAUAUGAACAUGGCAUAAGCUCGGAUGGCAAACACUUGCYAAGAACGCGAAAUUAACUACAAAUAAUUGUGAACUCCAAAUAWGAAUUAUCUAUUUUGAAAAUAUUUACAUCACAAUCAUAUUAUAACGACAGAAAGCUUAAAACACAGUAACAAUGGCAUUUGUGUAAUAAUAUUCAAAGCAUUUGUAUAUAUUAKACAAAUAUUAACAAAGGAAUUUUGUAACCGAUCCACUAUCUCUUCAUUUGGUAAUUUGACAUUUUUCCUCAAUGAAAACUGGACUGGUUAGUUCAAUGGUGUAUGCGGAUCGAGCUAACCACCACAAUACAAAAAAAGUGUAUAUGUAAUAUAUAUGUAUAUGUGUAUACGCAACGGCUAUUACAGCUACAACAGCACAGAGUUAUUAAAAAUAAAUACAUAUAAAAAAUAUUGUGUGGCUAAAGACAAAGUGUAAAAMUUAAAAAUAACAGCAGCCAAAGUUGUAAGCAGAUUGCCUGAGUUGGUGUGGAACAAACUUGAUUUUUGCCCGCCUCCCUUUGCUGUCUCAUUAAUAUCACUUACGUUGCAAGAGUUGCGGCUGCGCACAGUUUUUCUUUGCCUAUGAUAGAGCAGCAAAAAACGUUAAAAAUAUAAUUGAGAAACAGAAAAAGUAAUAUUAAAAUCCACAAGUGACUAUCCGCUCUCUGCACAAACGGAGUGCUAUUACAGCCAACACAUUCAAUAUGCAUCAUCAUCAUCCACUGGCACCAACACAAUCAAACACCGGCGGCGGUUCAGCAAGCAACAAUGCAUCGGUACCCGCUCUGCCAAAUGUUGGCAGCAUUAAUGCCGGAAUUGGCACUGCCAUUGUAAACAAUCCAAGUACUAGCGUAGGAACAACGCAUGUGCAACARCGACGCCGAAAAAAACGACCGAAUUACGGUACGCGUACCGUAGAGGUGCGACGUGGUUAUAAUGGAUUCGGCUUUACCAUAUCUGGUCAGCAACCUUGUCGCCUAUCAUGCAUCGUCUCUAAUUCGCCCGCUGAUCAAGCWGGAUUACGCGCUGGUGAUUUUCUGAUUUCAGUCAAUGGUUUAAACGUAUCAAAGUUACCUCACGAAACCGUAGUGCAACUAAUUGGAAAUUCGUUUGGUAGCAUACGCAUGCAAAUAGCUGAAAACUAUUAUUCAGACAGCUCUGAUGAAGAGAAUGCGGCGCUUAUGUUACAACAACAAACAACAGUGUCGGGAUUGAAUAGUGUGCUCACCAAUCAAUUAGGCUUAGGCGUGGSCGGCGCGCGRGCCAAGCCCCGUUACUUGCAUCACAAAGCGAAGAUGCAUCGGCUGCGAAAUUCGCCCCAAAAGAAGCGUACGAUCACAUUACAACAACAACAACAGUUGGCACGUGCGGAACAACUGUCGAAGUGUGUGUCUGCYUUAAAACCAAUGGAAUUACAAAAACUACGCCCACUYAUCGAAGAUCUGCCKUUACCGGCUAACAGCUCUGCUUAUGUUGCUCCCAGCGYUAGUGCACCAAAAGAACCAACAGCUGGUGUCGCAACUGCGUCAAACUCUGCCGCAGAAUUAGCAAACGUAAAUGCAAUGGCGCGUGCACCGGCUGCCGCUUUAGAAUAUCGUGCCAUUGUCGGUUAUCUAGGUACUAUCGAAAUGCCGAAGCAAAUAUCGCACAGCUCCAAAUUGCAGACGGUACGCUCAUGUAUACGCAAAUUGCGUCAAGAAAAACGUCAACCUAACAUGGUAUUAAUGACUAUAUUACCCGAUUGCCUUCGGCUACAAGCAGCUAAUGGCAAUACACUGGCGAGUUACGCUUCCGAACGCUUAAACUAUGUGAGCUCAUCAUCGGAAAGUGAGAAUCGUUUUUUUGGUUUGGUCACUAGUGCCGUACACACUUCGCAAAUGGACGAAGAUGAUGAAGAUGACGACGACAUUGAAGCAGCCAAUGUUCGUCACGGACAAGGAGUAGUGGGUGUCGGUGGCGUUCCAGGUAAUAACGGCAAUGCACACGUUAGCAUCUCAAAUAGUUGUCAUGUGUUUGUGGUGGACACAAAACUAUGCGAACAUCAGGCGCAUGUGCCGCGUGCAGCCGAAUUUCGUAUUCACUGUACACGCGAUCCCAUAUCCAGUUUGUGUCUGGAGUUUCCAAACAAUUCAGAAUACGUAGUGAAUCUCAUACGCAGCAUGUAUACAAUGCGCAUAAUGCCWCCUGUGGUCAGGCACCAUGCCGCUGAKGACAUUGUGAAUGCUUACGGAGGUGUUGUUGCUGGUGGACCUGCAGCUGCGGCGCAUUCUCCUCAACCUAGUAAUCACAGCGAAAUCUCGACAACUACAUCAAAUUCCGAUUCUGGCAUCGGAUUCCACAAUGAUUGCAAUAACAUCUCUGAUCGCAUACUGGUGGUGGAUUUUCCUGGUGCGCCUGAGCUGCGCAUGCGGCCGAUGGGCGCGCGCCCCAUGGGUAUAUUCAAUAAUUUUGAUAAUGUCACCGAUAAGCGCCCGCCAACCGUACGUCCAGUGMCAGAGGAAAAUUCACCGCCACAAAACGUCGAUGUGGCAUCCACAAGYAAUGCACAUUGCACGAAUUCAAGACCAAACCUACUGGCUAGUUUCAAUCUCAUCAAAAGUCCAGCYACUUCGCUGCAGACAACACGUUCCUGUGACGAUGUACUGGCUUUGGUCGAACGCAGCGCAGAUGACGGUGAAACCGCCGCUUUAGAUCAACAAUCUCUCAUUGCACCACAUGCGUCUAUGGAUGACAUAUCUCUGCACUCGAGCGCUCCCUCAGCCUCUACUAUGAGUUGUUCUGCUGCCGAUGAACAUCUCUUUUUACAUCCAGCCGCUUGCAUGUUGGCUAUGCAACAUCAAAAACAACGUCCCACCGCUAGUCAAGUGUACGCGCUGCUGCAGGAUUGUCUUUCACGCGCACGUAAUGCACGUCAAUCACUACCAUCAGCACAUACAACCACCGAUGGCUCUGCUAACGCACCGAAUUCGCAAAACGGCAGUUCGACUGGUGCUGCUGCUGCAUCAACUAAACGUCACUCCAUUGGUUUUGAGGCUUCGGAUAUUACGCCGCCUGUGUCAGCGCUUACUGUUGGCACUUUCGAGGCCAACACGUGGAAGAGUUUACAAGACUUGCGUGAAAAUGAGGAAUUGCUUGCGCCACACACACCAGAUGGUAUCAACAGUGAGCCGGAUCUACUGAAUUCCAAUCUCCCCGCUAAUGCCUCACCAUUCCGUCGGGCCUGGGGUCAAUCGUCCUUUCGCACGCCACGUACCGACAAACGCGCCCUCCAACAGCUGCAAUUGCAGCAGCAAUCCGGCCAGCAUCAGCAUCUCAGUCCACUAGUACGACGCUCCUCAUCGAUGACCGCAUCCGACAAUGACGUCUAUAUCAAGUCCAUGCAUCACACCGACUGCCAUGAUGAKCUCAARCAGACGCAUAGCCAGCAUCAGAUAGCGACGUCGGCGGCAGUGGCAGCCGCUACGCUUACAACAACAAACRCCACUAGCAAUAGUGGCAACAGCAAGGUUAGCAGUUGCAUAAAUCAGCUAAAGAUACCACAGCUGAAGACCACGUUGGCACCAGCCGCAGAUAACGGUGUUGGUGGUGUGACRGCUUGGGGUACAGCCUUUGAACGGCUGCUUGAAGACCCUGCUGGCAUGCACACCUUCGCCGAGUUUUUGAAGAAGGAAUUCUCCGCCGAGAAUAUAUACUUUUGGACCGCUUGCGAGCGUUAUCGUGCUCUAGAAAGCAGCGAUGGGCGCGCUACACAAGCGAUGGCCAUCUUCUCAAAACAUCUKGCUAAUGGCGCUUCGGAGCCAGUGAAUGUGGACUCCCAGGCGCGCAACCUCACACAAGAGAAGUUAGAUAGCGCGGAGCCGGAUAUUUUYGCACCCGCACAGAAGCAAAUCUUUAAUCUAAUGAAAUUUGACAGCUAUCAGCGUUUCAUACGUUCCGAUAUGUAUAAGAGUUGCGUAGAGGCGGAGGAGAAGCGSCAACCAUUGCCGUAUAAAGCGGAAGAUUUGGAUGAAUUGCUGAGAACGCCCGCACAUCAGCCAGUCACAGUGAGCAGCAUCGUAUCGAAGCUCAAGAAAUCGGCUAGCAAUGCGGAGGAUCGUUGCCGCAAGAGCUUGCUACCAUGGCACCGUAAAACGAGCAGCAGCAAAGCGCCACGUGACAACGCCGACGCGCCAGGUGAAUGCAAAGCCACAACCAAUAAGCUGGUGCCACUCUCCAGUCAUUCGAUGAAAUUGGCAGCAGUACAGAACUCACAAAACGACAUACACAGCUCCCGUUCUUCGCUCUCCUCAUUCGAUGGCUUGUCCGGUGCAUCAAUUUUACCCGGUACCUGUCGCGUCAUUUUGAGUGAUGCCUCCACGACAAUGGUGCAAGCGCGCGCCAACGAAACAGUUGGUCAACUGGUCGAGCGUUUGUUGGAGAAACGUGGUCUGUGCUAUCAAUAUUACGAUGUAGUGGCGAAAGGUACUAMCAAAUCGAUUGAUUUGCAAACUUCAUCACAAACACUCGUGGGCAAGGAUGUGCUAAUUGAGCAACGCGUCGCCUUCAAAAUGGAUUUGCCCGACCGCAAGGUAAUCUCUGUGAAAAGCAAGCCCAAGAAACAAUUACAAGAGGUAGUGUGUCCCAUACUGCAUAAAUACAACUAUGACAUAGAAGCAGUACAGGUGGUGAUGCGCGAAACUCAGGAGCCAGUUGAUCUAUCGCUAACUGUAACACACGCGGAUGGUCAGCGUUUGCAAGCGGUGUGGUUGAAGCCACCACCACUACUACCUGGCAAUGACUAUCAAAAUGGCAAUGGUUGCGCGGCCAAAGUAGCAAAGGCUUCAACAUCGACGAAAAGUGUGUCCUUUCCGACCGCAUUGAAGCAARYAAACGGUGGCGCCUUGCGCUCGACCAGUAGCAGUAGCAUUCCAGUAUCGCAUUCGACACAAAGUGCCUUGGAUGAGAUCACCAACAAAGUAUUUACCGAACUAAUGCAAGUGAAAGUAGAAGCAGCCAGUGCGGAAAAAACGCAGCCGCUGACCACGCACAAUGACAAAGUUAACGAACACGCUUCGCUUAAGUCUGACGACUGCGCUUCGGAGACUUCAUCAAUUUUCGAACGCAUACGUCGUCGUGACAACAAUAUUCAAAGCCUCAAACUAAAGCUSAAGAAACGCUCCACGAGCAGUCAGCAUUCGGAGGAAACCAACCAAARCAGCCACACAACAACUAGCAAUGGUCAUUUGGCUGCACCUACGGCAGUGAGCGCUGCAUUGUUGGACAUAAAGAAACCAAUCAUAGCUAAAUUAAAAGCAGGUGUGAAACUACAAAUGCCCGAGCGAGUAGCUGAAAAUCAAGAUGAACUACUCGAAGGUCUGAAGCGCGCACAACUAGCACGCUUAGAAGAUCAACGUGGAACUGAAAUUAAUUUCGAGCUGCCUGAUUUUUUAAAGAAUAAGGAGAAUCUCAACGCCUCGAAGUUGCGUAAGGCGCGCGCUAAUCUCAGCCCCAUAAACAAACCACCCGCACACAUUUCCGUUGCAGCUACAGAGGAACAACCCUCACAAACAGCACCACAACCAUCACAGCAAGAACGUCCACAACCCGCACCACGUCUAUCCAUAACCAACAAACUAAAAGCCAACGCUACAGUGUCAUCUGCGAAGCAGGAACAAGAUGCGUCUGUACAACUCAACAGUGUUGAGGCUCGCCAAACCCARCYCACGACGCCGUUAUCAGUGAAUUCAACUACCACAUCAUUAGAAUCUGAAUACGCUGCAUUAGUGGGAACUAACAGUUGCAAAGGUCCACCACCAUUGCCGCCUAAGCCGAAAGUGUUGCCCAUUAAGCCAUCGAAUUGGGGYGCUGCAACAUGUAUGUCCAACUCAUCGACAGCUUCAACGCCCACAACACCUUCAACGAGUAUACCAACAUUACCCACACCUUUGCCUAAGAACUAUACAACAGUGGGCUUGACCAAUAGCGUUACAACCAUUGCGGAAGACGUUCCAUUGCUGUUACAUGUUGCGAGCAAACAUUUUGCAGGAAAUGAAAUCGCCCCACGUAAGACCCAUUUAAGCAUCGCCGCUGAGCAGCCUACAUCGGCGCGAUGUGCUUACCUAGAAGAGCCGAGUAGCAGCUUCGUUUGAGAAAGUGCGCAAAAAAAGAGUGAAAGCGAAAGUGAUGUAUUUAUUAUAUAAUGGCUUCCACACCCAAUUCCAUUCUCCCCUUUGGCCAAUCCCUUUUCCACGUGUUUUUUAAGUGAUAAUAAAAUAAUAAAUAUUAUAAUUUUAUAUAGCGUAUACAGUUACAUAUUAUGUACAACAUGCACACUUAAUGUUUAUUUAUUUUGCAUCUCUCAUUUCCACUGAUAUUAUUUUAAUAAUUAAUUGUAAAUAAUCCAAUUAUCAUAUUUUAAUUUAUAAAAUAUAUGCAUAUGUAGAAUGUGUCUACUUAUGAAUGUAGAGGAACUUCAAAAUUCAAUAUUUUAACAAUUGUUGAAAACGGUAUAUAACGGAUAUUUCCCAGAUUCUAAUUAGACAUUAAAUAUAAGGUAAAAUUCAUAAACAAAAAUAUUUUUGUAAUAAUAAUUGAACAAUGUAGCCUGCAAAAAUACAAAUAA